AAACAUUUUGAAAAUUCACUAUCCUGAAAGGUGCCACCUCUUUUCCAGUCCUGAGAGUUCCAGUUUGUCUUAAAGUCUGAAGUCAUCAGACACCGUCAGCCCCUUCAGCAUCUGUCCCAGCACAGGAAUGCUCUCAAUAUUGGUCACCGUGGGCUUUCUCUGCACAGCCACUGCCAUUGCUGAAGUAAUGGAAGUGACUCAGCCAGCAAUGGUGCUGGCCAACAGGCAAGGAGUUGCCAGCUUGGUGUGUAAAUACAAGAACAUUGGGAAUGCAAAGGAAAUUCGAGUGACUUUGCUUAAACAGACUGGUGACCGGUUCACAGAAAUCUGUGCUUCAUCAUACACCAUGGAGUUUAAAACAUUCUUUGUGGAAGAGGUCAUUCAGUGCCAUGUUACCCCCGGCCAAAACAAUGUGACCCUCACCCUGGCUGGCCUGCAAGCAAAUGACACCGGGCUUUACAUUUGCAAGAUGGAGCGGAUGUACCCCCCACCCUAUUUUAUGAACAAGGGCAAUGGGACACAUCUCUAUGUCAUUGAUCCAGAACCUUGUCCAGAUACUGCCAUAUAUCUCUGGGUAUUAGGAGCUACUGCCUCAGGAUUUUUUCUUUACAGUAUCAUCAUCUCAGCCAUUCUUGUGGGCAAAGCGAUAAAGAGAAGACAAUGUCUCACUACUGGAGUCUAUGUGAAAAUGCCUUCUGAAAAGCUAGAGAAAAAAGUGAUUCCAUUCCACAUCAGUGUUGACUGUAACAAGGAAAGAGAGAAACCAUUUCCUAGCUGGGAUGGAGCGUCUACUAAUUCAUUUCAGUUAAAGAAAUAAAUUAACUGUCUUUUUACAAAAGAUAUACAGGAAGGUGAAAGAAUAUUCUUCGUAAUUUCUAUGGUUUGGGGGAGAAAAAAUGGUAUAUGUAU